AUGAAGUUCUCGCACUCGCUGCAGUUCAAUGCGGUGCCGGAUUGGUCGUCCAACUACAUCUCCUACUCCAACCUCAAGAAGCUCAUCUUCCAGCUCGAGAAGCAGGUCAAUCAGCUAGGCCAGCCUGCAUCCACCGCCCUUGAUCCCGAGUCGUCUCCGCUGCUCACGAACGGCACUCCCAUCGACGACCCGGACAAGGUCUUCUCCCGCAAGCUCGACGAUGAGCUGGAGAAAAUCUGCAGCUUCUACAAGCUGAAAGAGCUCGAAAUCUACGGCGAAGUAGAGGCACUGCUGCGGGAUGUAGAGGAGUUUGAGGCUGAGCAUGCCGCAGAGGAUGCAGCUGGGGACGGUCAGCGGAGGAACAGUCUGUGGCAACGCGCCAGGCAGCAGAGCAUUUUCCGCUCUGCACCUCAUCCCAGCAGGCGGCGGAAAAGCUCUUCCAAUGGAAGCAACCGUGGAGGCCCAAUUCCCGAAGAAGAAGACGAGAGCGAGGAUGACGAUAACGAGCGUACCGGCCUGACCAAAAGCCAGUCCACCUUGAGCAGGCGGGCUUCGCGGGGCAAGGCCCUGGGCUCUGAUGAGCAGCCAGCAGACUGGAGUACUGCCGACCUCCGCCGCAGACCCAGUGCUGCCUUUGCGGAUUUUGGCGAUGAUGCUCUCCAGGCUCUGUACGACGAGGGUAUCACGUUAAAGAAGCGUAUCGUGAACCUCUAUACUAGCAUCUGCGAGCUGCGCUCCUUCAUUCAGUUGAACGAGACGGGAUUCACCAAGGUGCUGAAAAAGUACGACAAGAUCAUGGACCGCAAUUUGAAGAGCAAGUGGAUCAGUGCGAAUGUGAAGUCUGCAUAUCCAUUCCAGUCCACCACGCUGGAUACGCUAGGCGAUAAUCUUCAAAAGGUCGAGGAGGCGUAUGCCAAUAUCGUCACCAAAGGUGAUGUUGAAGCCGCGAGACGGGAGCUGCGGCUGCACUUGCGAGAGCAUGUCGUUUGGGAGCGGAACACUGUCWGGCGGGAAAUGAUUGGUAUUGAGCGCAAGGCUCAAGCAGCCAACCUAGGGAUCAGGAAUACCAUGCUUGGAGCAGAUGAUCCCAGAAAAAACCGACUGCAGGGUGAUGGAGCGGAAGGUGCUUUGAAAGAGGUGAAUCUCCCCAUCGGCAAAUAUAGGUGUCCAAAGUUCUUGGUGACGAGCACUUUCUGGGUGCUGUGUCUUGUCAUUGCUGUAUUCGCAGUACUUUUGGCUGUGCCUAUAAUGGAGAAACCCGAGCAACAGAAUUGCCUUGCGUUGGUAGUGUUCGUCAGCUUACUGUGGGCGACGGAGGCGAUCCCUCUCUUCGUGACCUCCCUACUGGUACCGUUCCUCUGCGUAAUUCUACAAGUCGUUCGAGAGGACGUAAAGCCCAACCGCCGACUGUCCAGCAAAGAAGCUGCAGGCUAUGUCUUCGCUUCGAUGUGGACGCCUGUCAUCAUGCUGUUGCUUGGUGGCUUCACAAUCGCUGCAGCGUUGAGUAAGUACAACAUUGCCAAGAUGAUGGCUACCUUUGUCUUGUCCAAGGCUGGCACGAAGCCGAGGACAGUCCUCCUUACAAGCAUGGGUGUGGCAAUGUUCGCCAGUAUGUGGAUCAGUAAUGUUGCCGCACCAGUGCUAUGUUUCAGUAUCAUCCAGCCUAUUCUUCGCAACCUGCCUGCGGGCAGUGACAUGACCAAGGCGUUACUCCUCGGCAUUGCCCUCGCGUCAAACAUAGGCGGAGCCGCUUCUCCCAUCGCCUCGCCGCAGAACCUCAUCGCGCUGGAAAAUAUGGAGCCACAGCCAGGAUGGGGAACCUGGUUCUUCGUCGCUCUGCCAGUCUGUAUCAUCAGCAUUCUCCUGAUUUGGGUUCUUCUUCUCGUGACUUUCCGACCGGGCCGCAACACGACUAUCGUACCAAUUCGUCCUAUGAAGGACAAGUUCACUGGGGUUCAAUACUUCAUCUCCGUGGUCACUCUAGUCACCAUCGGACUUUGGUGUGUCAGCCAUCAACUCGAGCACAUUUUCGGUGACAUGGGCGUGGUGGCCAUCAUUCCCAUCGCUCUUUUCUUCGGAACUGGAAUCUUGACCAAAGAGGACUUCAAUAACUUCCUAUGGACGAUCAUCAUCCUCGCCGCUGGUGGUCUUGCCCUUGGCAAAGCCGUCAACAGUUCCGGCCUACUCACGACUAUUGCUGUUAGUAUCACUAAAAGUGUGGCCCACUUGUCACUCUACGGCGUGACUUGCGUCUUCGCAGCUUUGAUCGCUGUCGUGGCUACUUUCAUCAGCCAUACAGUUGCAGCUUUGAUCGUUCUGCCGCUAGUACGUGAGGUUGGAGUAGGAAUGGCUGAGCCGCAUCCAAAUCUCCUCGUCAUGGCUAGUGUCCUUAUGGCGAGUGCUGCUAUGGGUCUACCGACGAGUGGAUUCCCAAAUAUGACUGCCAUUAUGAUGGAAGAUUCCCAAACAGGACAACGAUAUUUGCAGGUCAGACAUUUCUUGACGAGAGGUAUUCCCGCUAGUAUCAUGGCUUAUGUGGUCAUCAUCACGGUUGGAUAUGGACUAAUGUUGGUUGUUGGAUUUUGA